AACAGCCAGGAGUUCAUGGGCCGCUUCUACCAGUGGGAGCCCUUCACGGAAGUAUGGGGCUCCCAGCGCUGUGAGCUGAACUGCCGCCCUCUGGGCUACCGCUUUUACGUCCGCCACACGGAGAAAGUGCAGGACGGCACCCCGUGCGAGUCCUUGUCCCAGGACAUCUGCGUGGCCGGGCAGUGCCUCACCCCCGGCUGCGACGGGAUCCUGGGUUCGAAUCGCACCCUGGACAAGUGUGGCGUGUGCGGCGGAGACCACACCACCUGCAAACUGGUGGCGGGCAACUACAGCGAGACCAGCAUCCCCAUCGGCUACCACCGCAUCUUGCAGAUCCCGGUGGGAGCCACCCAGAUCCAGGUCCGGGAAAUGGCCCGCAGUCCCAACUAUUUGGCCCUUCGUACCCAGAGUGGCAAGUCGAUCAUCAACGGAAACUGGGCGGUGAACCGUCCGGGGCGCUACGAGGCGGCGGGCACGGUCUUCGUCUAUAGUGACCAGGAGGAGGGCGAGCUCCUGACGGCCGACGGACCCACCACCAAGGCCGUAGAACUGUAUAUGAUCUUCCAGCAAGACAACCCCGGGGUGUCGUACCAGUUCUUCCUGGCUCAGCCGGGGGUUCACUGGAGGCGCUUCGGCAACACGGAGUGCUCCGCCUCCUGCGGGAAGGGUUUCUGGCAGUCCGUCUACCGCUGCGCCUCUCGCCUUUCCCAGGAGGAAGUGGGGGAAGAAAAAUGCCACCUGCUCCCCAAACCAUUUGCCCAGGACGAGGUCUGCAACACGGAGCCCUGCCCGGCCUUCUGGGACGCGGGCGAGUGGUCGGCCUGCAGCAGAUCCUGCGGGCCGGGAACCCAGCACCGCCAGGUCCUUUGCCGGCAGAUCUACGCCAACCGCACCACCAUGGUGCACCCCCAGCGCUGCAGCCAGCUGGAGAAGCCGAGCGCCACCCAGGAGUGCCAAGUGCAUGUCUGCAGCCACUGGGAGAUCCAGACCAACUGGAGCUCGUGCUCCGUCCUUUGUGGCACAGGCCACCGGACCCGCCACGUGCGCUGUGUCAGUAACCACGGAGAGCUCUUGAGGGACAGCGACUGUCCGGACAACCCCCGGCCCCAGGCCAGCGAGGCUUGCAACAUGGGUCCUUGUGUGCGGAGCUGGUUUUACAGUGACUGGAGCAACACAUGCUCGGCUGACUGUGGCACCGGCAUCCAGCGCCGUUCGGUCGUCUGUCUCUCCAGCAACGCUGACGGACAGGCGGAUGAAGACUGUGCCAGUCCCAAGCCAGCCGACAUGAGGGCUUGCGACGGUGGGCCGUGCCAGCGGGUGGCUCGCUGGUACAAUGGCCCCUGGAGCUCGUGCUCGGUCGAGUGCGGCCACGGCACCCAGAGGCGCGACGUCAUCUGUGUGGGCAAACAGGGGACGCAGUUCAACGUGACGGCGGCCUCCGAGUGCGCCCACUUGGAGAAGCCACCUUCUCUCCAGCCGUGUGUCGGGACGGACUGCGAGGCCCGUUGGUUUUCCACCUCCUGGAGCACAUGCUCCAGAUCCUGCAUGGGGGGCAUCCAGGCGAGAGAAGUCCAGUGUCUGACCCAGAAUAAGACCCUGAGCGCUCUCUGCCCCCUCCACAUCAAACCGGCCACCAGGCGCCCUUGCAGCAGCCAGCCCUGCCUUCCCUCGCUUGAUGUGACCUGCCGGGAUAAGUAUCCCAACUGUGCCGUCAUUGUGCAAGCCCGUCUGUGUGUCUACUCGUACUACAAAGCUGCUUGUUGCGCUUCCUGCUCACACGCUCUGGAGAGGCGCCAGGCGGACCCAAGCCGGUAG